CCACCCUUCACGACCUGGCCGAGAACAAUUCUACCUUUACAGAUUAAUUACCGGACCGUUCGCAGUAUAUUGCGCCGCAGCCAUGUUUGUAUUACCACCACCUCCACGCUAUCCUAUCGGUGGCUAUCCUGGCAUCCCUGGGCAGCUCAUCGAGACAAACAACAGUAUCAGUCACCCCACGGGUCCCGAGUAUCAACUGGUGGUCGGAGAAGGAACCUACGUACUUCGCGAUGACCUACACCUAGCUACGCCGCCGCCACAUCCCUCGGAAGCUCCGGUGCACAACCCCAAUCCGCUCGCGACGACCAUAUCUCCGCCAACCCGUGGCACCAACCUAUCCAUAGUUGCGCUUGCGCCCCGUCAACCCUCUCAGUCGCAAUUAUAUAGAUUUGGUACGCGGAACAGCACUCGGUCGCAAGUCCCACCCAGCAUCCAGGAAUCACCACAUGAGACGAACAGCCAGGCAAGCGACGUCGGCUCACAGAGCGUGAAUGGAAUUGCAACAUCACCACUGGACGGUCUGCGGACACCUGUGUACGGAGAGGGGAAUGCUGCGCUGGCAAUGAUCAAUGGAAAAGACUCAAAGGACCCUCUAAAGAGGCGAAAACCGAAGAGCAACAUUAUCAAGAGCAACUCGUCGUUCGUUUCGAGAGUCAUCCCACACGAAGCCCUGACCAAGCGGCUGCAAGAGCACAACCCUAACGGCCUCUACGCUUUCGCCAACAUCAACCGCGCACUACAAUGGCUGGAUUUGACGUCGCCUAUCAAGGAAGAGCAUCUGACCAAGAUUCUGUUCACCAAAGGGCACGCGCUAUGUCACGACAUUAACCAGAUCACCAAAGGGCCCAAUCAUCUCGACAUCAUCAUGGGCUUCUCGACCGGGGAUAUCAUUUGGUAUGAGCCAAUGUCCCAAAAGUAUUCGCGCAUCAACAAGAACGGUGUAAUCAACGGGACAGCCGUGUCGGAUAUCCAGUGGCUUCCGAACAGUGAGAAUCUGUUCCUCGCGGCGCACAUGGACGGAAGUUUGGUGGUGUAUGACAAGGAAAAGGAGGAUGCCGUGUUUGUUGCUGAGGAACACUCGCCUACCACGGAAGAGGCUACGUCUGACGCAGAAAAGAAGGCAUUGCUGACGGUCAAGAAAUCCGUCAACUCAAAGAACCAGAAAGCGAACCCCGUGUCUUACUGGCAAGUCUCGAGUUCAAAGGUCAACGCUUUCGAGUUCUCUCCCGAUCGCCGCCACCUUGCUGUUGUCUCCGAGGAUGGCUCAUUCCGGAUCAUUGACUUUCUCAAGGAGAAGUUGCUGCAUCAUUACAUGAGCUACUACGGCGGUAUGCUCUGCGUCUGUUGGUCACCAGACGGCCGGUAUGUAGUCACAGGAGGCCAAGACGAUCUUGUUUCCAUCUGGUCGUUGGAGGACAGCAUGUUGGUGGCGCGUUGUCAAGGGCACAACUCUUGGGUGACGGCGGUUCAAUUUGAUCCGUGGCGAUGCGAUGAGCGCAACUACCGCAUCGGAAGCGUUGGAGAGGAUUGCCGGCUGUUGUUAUGGGACUUCAGCGUGGGCAUGCUACACAGGCCGCGGGCGGCUUCCGUGCGACAGCGGGGCAGUAUCACCUCAGCAAAUCUGAAGAUGCAGCGAACGCGCACCGACAGCUCCGUCAACAGGUUGCGUUCGAGUUCGAACCUCACCUCAGGCAGUUUACCGGACGAGGAGGAAGUGGUCCAUCCAGUUGAAUCUCGGGCGCACACGGCCAUGUUGCCUCCAGUUUUGGCAAAGGCCAUCGACGAGCACCCCUUGUGCUGGCUAGGUUUCGAAGAAGAUUGCAUAAUAACAUCAUGCAAAAACGGGCACAUUAGGACGUGGGACCGGCCGAAAGAGGGUGCUACCAACGACGACAGCUCGACGUUUGCGAGCGCGAGCGCGAGUCAUCCGUAAUUCUUGUUUGGACUGGCAACUUGAAAAAAAAGGGGCCCGCUGUUGUGAUAUCAGAAACAGGUUUGAGAAGAGGCAGUUUGAGGUUGUAUAUGUGGUGCUUGUUGGCGCCCGGGAAAGCCCGAAGUUCUAGGUUCAGAUGCGAGGUGGGUGCCAGUCUGCAUUCGUCAUUUCAGCCCUACGCACGUUUACUGCAUGCGCGCAGCGUCAGACAGGCAGGCUUUGUACAAACAACGUCCAUAUCAAAGAAACGUCAAUCGCAACCACCUUUCUUCAGACGACACUACAGUACAGUACAGUUUCGGAUAGAAAGGAUUUGAAUAAAUGUGAGCAUUGUAGCGGUC